UCGCUGAAUAUACGUGCGAAAUCUAUUAAUAGGACGGAUUUUGUUUGUUUUUCGCUUUGAUGUUUCUCGCGCCGGCAGCGGUCGUAUCCACACUAAAAAUAAUGUAACCGAUGUCCGAAUGAACUAUAUUUGAGAAGCAGGUAGUCGCCAGCUAAUAUUUUCGGCUUUAGUACGGUGGGCUGAAAUAUAACGUAACAUUCCUUCAACAUUCUCUUUCGUCGUCUUACGCUGUCGUCUAGCAAGUUUAAAUAUUAAGCAAAUCUAAUAAGUUUACAAUAUGACGAAUAAAUUUAGGAAUACAGACUCUAACAUUAAGGCGGGUGAUCUUCUUUUAACUGAACAGCCGUUCGCCUUCGUUUUGAUGUCUAAAGAAAAGGGUAUUCGCUGUGAUAACUGCUUGGAAAAGGGCAAGGUGCUCAAAUGCUCGGGAUGCCAGUUCGUACACUACUGCGGACGAGCGUGCCAGAGGGAUGCGUGGAACGACCAUAAGUGGGAAUGUGCGAAUCUCAAGAGAGUGGCGCCUAAAGUAGUCCCCGAUGCGGCUAGGAUGCUGGCGAAGAUCAUCAAUCGCCUCUCCAGGGGCGACGGCCAUUCUUAUAGGUCUUUCUAUUCUGCCACUGGCUUCAGGAUGUGGAAGGAUCUUAUGUCGCAUUAUUCCGACCUGAAAGCUGAUAAGAAACGGAUGGAUCACUUUUCGUCACUAUGCGUUCUGCUGUUUGAGUUCCUAAAGGACGUAUCCCUUCCUAACACCGUCGAGCUCAUGGGCAUAUACGGAAGAAUGGUCAUAAACAGCUUCACCAUCCUGGACACCGACAUGAAUUCGAUCGGCACGGGCGUGUACCUCGCGUCGUCCAUAGUGGACCACAGCUGCAACCCUAACGCGGUGGCCACUUUCGACGGCAAAACGAUUAACCUGCGGGCGCUCACUGACUUACCGUGUUUGGACUGGGACCAGAUCCGCAUUACCUACAUCGACCUAAUGUAUACACCGUACGAGCGACAAAUGGACCUACUGGAGAACUAUUACUUCCUUUGCCAGUGUGAGAGGUGCUUGGACGAAACCCAAGUUCGUACGGUGCACGCGGCAAAGUGUCUCAACGUAGAGUGCACGAACACAGUAAACAUUCCUUGGAAGGACUGCCCUUUAGUGAGAAAGGCUGACAGUAAACACGUGAACGGGGACAGUGUGAACGAGGACAGUAACGUGGAUACUGUGAACGGGGACAGUAACGGGGAUACUGUGAACGGCGAAAAUAGGGUGGAAGAGUUGCCUGAUGUAAUAAGGUGUGACGAAUGUGGGACCAAAUACACGGAUAAGCACGUAGAGGACUUCCAACAGGCUAUGGAAAUAACUGAGGAGCAUCUGAAGGUCAUGAAGGACGCUUCUGUGGCUUACGUGGACAUAUGCCAGUACUGCCUGUCGCGGCAAGGCGCGCUGCACCCGCUGAACGUGCUGCGCGCGCAGACGCUCGACCACGCGUUCGACGCGUUGGUGCUCGUGCGCCUGUGGGAGCGCGCGAAGGACAUCGCCGAGCUACUGCUACCGUGCUUUCGAUUUUACUACGGCGAGCGACACCCCCUGCUGGGUAUCCUCCACCUAAAGUACGCUAAGAUCCUUCUAUACAAGCUGUGGAUACCGAAAGCGUUGGAACACUUCAAGAGCGCUGAGAAGAUACUUAAGAUAACCCACGGCGAUAAGAACCCGCUGUAUAGGGAACAACUUAUGCCACUUAUGAGACAGGCCAUGUUGGAAUCGACCUACGAUUAAUUUUCUCAAACAUGCAAUGAAAUUAGAGAUGGGUAGUGAGUAAAUACUCAAGAGUAAAUACCGAGUAAAUACUCAGUAUUUACUAGAAAUACUCAGUAUUUACUCAAUUUACCCGUAUUUACUCGUUUAUACCCAAUUUGGUGGGUAUAAACUAUUUAGAGUACUGACACUGCUGACAGGGUAUAGAAAUCUGAAAUAAAGGUGUAUUUUGUACUGGAUUUAGUAGCCCAAUUAGUAAAAAGUGUAACAAUAAAAAAAAUCUGAAACCACCAACGUGUGGCACAUCAUUUAAUUGGUUUUUAAAAAUAACUUCAAUGUUAUUAUGCACUUCUUCGAUAAAUUUAAUACUUUUGAAAAAAAAACUGUUUCCAAAGGCCAAAAUAAUGUUCAUCCCUCUAUAAGUUUUGGAACAAAGUUUAAUAAAAUAUGAAAAAAUAUCGGGAGAAUAGACCCUAGAAAAUACUUUGAACAUGAUCGGUUAGGUCAUUUUUGAGUUUUCAUUAAAAAAACUUCAUAAAUGGACGUAAGUGCCGCGUAAACACGUACUUUUGCGUGUACGGGGAUUCAGGAUUUUAAAAGGCGGUCUAUUCCAGUCCUCAGUCACUUAUUUUAAUGGAAGAGUGGAACCCAGCGUGGAACGACGCUUUCUAAGCAGCAGUUGACCGCAACUUAGUUAGUAAAAACCCACCGAAUAUUUACCUAAAAUAUUAUUAUUACGUAUUCGCCCUAUACCGUAACUAUGUAUUUAGUGUGGUUUAAAUAUGAUUUAAUUAUAGUUCUUAGUUUUCAGGCUGGCCCUUUCGGUUAACUCUUUGUCUAUUGUAAGUAAAACCGCACGUGCUAAAAAUAGAAUCGCUAACUUUGACCACGUAUACUAAUGUAUAGUCGUUAAUUUUCAAGCUGGCCCUUGCGGCUAACUCAUUGUCUAUUGUAAGUAAAACCGCACGUGCUACUCACCCAAUAAAAAACGGUUCGGUCAAUUUAACCUGUUAUUGAAUUACAAUUUCUAUGGAACUUGCAAUAAGAUUCAGUGAAAACGGAAAAAAUAUCUUGUGAGGCUGUGUGGGGUCCCUCUACGGUUACUGAGUUUCGGCGAGUCGAACGCUAUAGAACCAGUCUAAAAUGUGUCAACGAGAUGCGUAAGAAAGGCGCGAUAUCCGAUAUAAAACGUAUAUAUAUCGGAGAGCGCACUUACACUGGUUUUUGAGCGUUGGCCUAGGGGGUCAUCCAUAAAUUACAUCACACGAAUAUCGUGAUUUCACAUUUGGCAAUCGUGUGACUUCACAUAUUUAACAAUUUUAUUUUUAACAAAAUUAGCAAAUUGAAUGUAAUAUAGUUAUUUUAAUAAAAAUAUUUUAAAUAAUAGGAAUAUUAUGACACGAAACCGAUACGAUAUAUUGUUUCAAAAACUAGCUUAUUUAGUUGUAUCGCGAAUCGCGAAUACAAUCAAAACAAUGUUCGACUACAAGUGAAGUUAAAGUGACGUCACAAAGUUUGUAACUCCUCUCCCCCGUGUCACAACAUGUGACAUUUUCUAGACCCCCUCCCUCCCCCUAAACGUGGCACGUAAUUAAUGGUUUUCCAUUGCAAUUUGCACGUAUUUAACCGGUCAACUAAUUAAUAGAAUUUGGGUAGUUUGAAAAAAUAGAAAUGGGUACUAAUAUUAAUAAAUUGGCAACAAAACGGAGCCUUAAAUUAAUCAAUAUGAGUUGUAUUUUUACGAAUUUUGGCCACAUUGCCAGGAAAGACAGUGAUAACCUGGAAAAGCUGGUUAUCACUGGUAAAAUCGAAGGCGAUAAGCCGAGACGCAGGAGCCCAAUGCAGUGGACACAACAAAUUCGCUCAGCCCUUGAUGUAACGCUCCACGGUGCCCUACACUCGGCGACAGACAGAAAGAAGUGGCGACAAAUUGUCCAAGAGAAGCUAGAAGUUACCUAGAAGUGACCACGACCCUCAGUGAUGAGAAAACCGAUGCAAGGAGGAGGAGGAGACCACAUUUUAAAAAGAAAUAGGCUAGAGGCUAAUAUGUGACGUUUUCAACCAAAAGGUACCACAUUGUCGCUUGUUGAUAAGGUUGAUUUCUAAUUGAAGCUAUAUGGAAAUAGCGCCUUACUGACAAGCGACAAUAAGUACCCUUUUGGUUGAAAAUGGUACAUGUAAAUUAUUGGCGUUAAAAAAUUAAUACACAGCCAAAUUAUAUUAUUAUAUUCCCAAUGAAAGUUCCUGUUUAAUAUUUUAGAUUCCCGAAUAUUGAUAAGCCAAUAGGGUAUUGAACUGUAUUUAAAAUUAAUUAUUUUACACCAUGCAUGAAAUAAAGCACCAGAAGAUUAAUAGAGAAACGUAGACAGCAAUUAUUUUUAGACAUAAUUUCUAUUUUAAAGCCCGUUUAAAACUAUAAAGACUAGGUAAUUUGAUUGUGACGUCACAUGCUAGUGUUUCAUAUAAAUUCCAUAGUAGCAAAAUCGUUUUGACAGUUCGAAAAAAGAAACUGAUUUGACUAGUAGUCAAAAACCCUAUUAGAAUUAUAUGCCAAUGAACGAACCUUUUUUGCAGGUAGUAGCACGUGCGGUUUUACUUACAAUAGACAAAGAGUUAACCGUAAGAACAAGUAUACAUACUAUGUAACAAUCGCCGCGCUAUCUGAUAAGAGCCAUAAUAUUGUAAAGUAUUUUCAAGGCAGUUUUAUUUUAAUAAAUAACUGGUUAAAAACUGUAUAAUGUGUGAAUCAGCUUGCAAUAUGCACUUAUCUAGAACGUAAGUAAUUAAGUAACUUUGAAAGUAAUUAAGUACCUUCUAAUUUAAAACAAAAUUGUUAACUAUGCUUUAUCACGUCUAUAUCCGCUAAAUUCCAAAUUACCUCAUACUGAUAAUCACCUUUUUUCCAAAAACUUAGCGUAAUAAGCUUCUUAUAACAUAAAUAUCAUUAAUACACGUUAACACAAUUAAAUAAAAACCAAUGUAGUACUUAAAUCUCACCAUUUUAAAUAUUUUGUUAAUAAUCGUUUUUACUCACCAAAAUGAGUAAAUACGAGUAUUUACUGUAUGCUUUGAGUAAAUACCGAGUAAAUACUCAGUAUAAUACUCACCCCUACCCAUCUCUAAAUGAAAUAUUGAUGUUAUUGUUCUUCCAAUUAGGCUGGGAAGUAUCACGUCUCAGGCGCGGCUAGACGAGAGGUCUUUAAUGAAAUUUCAUACAAAGUUGCAGGCCUAGGCCGGUAAGUGGCUCCUUUUUAAUUUCCAUUUCACAUAUAUUUGUGACACAGCAUCAUGGCAUUCAGCCAUUAAAAAAAACUAUUGCUUUUUGGUUCGGAAUGACAUUCUGCCAAUACGCCUAAUAAAAAAAACAAUAAACGAUACCUAUUUGAUAUAUAGUUUGUCAAAGGACUUGCAGUUCAAUUUGUAUAAAAAAUAAUAAUAAUAAAUAUAACAUUAUUAACAAAUUUCAAUCAUUUUGAAUUGCAAAUUUAUAGUUGAUCAAACCAAAUUGUCAGUAAAUAAGACCAAAAAAAACUAUACUCAUCCUUUUCUUUUGGGUGCUAGUACUAGUGUAAGACAAAGAUAGUAUCAUUCUCUCUGUCUAUGUUUGAAAUGAAACAGUCUUUUGACAAACUAUAACUACAAAUAUUAGCGGUAAAAAUGUCUACUCUAACACGCGUAGGUAUUUUUUUAAUCGUUUUGGAGGCAAAGUUGAACAUUUUUCAUUCUGUAAUUCUAUUUUAUUGGAUUUAUUGCGCGUUGUUGAUUGUGUUAUUCAAUAUGAGUUCCUACGAAAAUAUUAAUAUUCAUUUAAUAUACAUAUAUAUUACCUGCUAAUUAUACUCCUACAAAGUUGAGCGGAAGCUGGAAUUGAUUUAAAAUAACUUGGCCGGCAACCCCUUACUUCCCAGCCUCUGUAGUAAUGUACUAUAAUGUAUUUAGUGUUUAAUUAGUCAUAUGAAAGAAUAAGGAAAAGAUAAAUUAGUUAAAUUACCUUCACGGGACCUUCAUAGAAUAUAAUGUUUGUUGCUGUUCUACACUUAUCAAUACAUAAGCAAUUUUGAAACUUGAUCAAUUAAAGUAUAUAUUAGGCUAUCGUUUAUUUAUAAGCUCCUGAGGCUGUGUGCAAGGAUAAUUAAAUUAAUGAAAUAA